UCUCGCUUUCGUGUUUAUUUUAUCCGUUGAAAUGUAUACGUGAAUAACCAGUUAAUCUUGCACUCAAGUAUACGCGAAAAUUCUACAACUCUAAGUGUCCUGGUUCUUCUCAAAAUUAAAAACUAAAAAUUUUUAAUUAACUGUACGUUAUUAUAAUUUAUAAGAAUAAAACUUGACACAGCAACCUUCAAGCGCUACUUGUCGGUUCAAAACACGGACUAAGAUAACAAAAACCGAUGAGUGAUAAGUUAUCGUGUUUAUAGCCGUGAUCCAGUUAGUAGAAAUUACGGCCAACAGGACAACAGGAUUCAUCCAGAAUUUAGAAAUUAGUCUCAAGUCAGUAUUUCUUAUUAUAUGGUUGUCAGUAAUCAACAGCAUCAGUGUUUUCUAAUGUCUGAUGAAUGUGAAAAUGAAUCGUCCAAGAAACCCAAAACUGUGGUCAAAACUACGGUAAUGGCCAAAGAUGAAAGUUUAUUUCAAAGCCAAAAAAUAACUGAAUCCUGUGACGAUCUUGUGACUGACUAUAGUGAUGUAUCUGAAACUCAUAUCAAAGAUGCUGUGCCAAAUGACACAAACAAAACAUCUGAAAUACAUGAAAAAGAAACUAAUAAUAUGGCCAUACCAAGUGAAAAAAAGAGAGUAAAGUUGUUGGAACUGUUGGAAGCUAUAAGUAGUGAUGAUGAUAUUGCUAUGGAUAGUGAAGAAGAUGGUGUACUGGAUAGUGAUGAUGGUGAACAUUUUAAUGAAUAUAUUGAUGAUAUAGUUACACAUUUUGACCCAUCUCUGUUCCAAGCCACUCCAUUGAGAAUUAUCCAAGAUCCAUCUUUAUCAUUAUUUGAAUAUAUACAUAGAAAAUUAGGCGAUGAUUCUAAAUGUAACGAAGUAGCUGAACUUAUGGAUUCUUUAGAGUAUUUAUCAAAAACUCUAGAUAUCAAUGAAAAAUGGAUUAUUACAGCUGAACGAACUAUUAUCAUUUUGCCUAAAACGUUAAGCCACAUUUUAAAUAUUCCAGAGUAUUGUCAUAAGUUAUUUUCUUUGGUGAAUGUAACACUCGAUUUUGAGUGUGCUUUAAAAGAGCAUGUUUCGAUGUCCACAUUAAUUCUUCGUCAUUUGAAGGUUGGCAUUCAAUUGAUCGAAGUACUCUGCCAUUACAAUGAAGAUUUAUCUGAACAUCUAAUUAAACAUCAUCAAAUUCACAAUAAAUUAAUUAAUCUAUUUUUUGUAGAACAUAUGAGUUUGUCUCUUAAAUUAAACAUAUUGCGUGCAUUAGAUUCUAGUCUUAAUGGCUUAGAACCUAUUCGUCUCUUUUUAUGUGAUGAAGUUUUUGAUGGGCUCAACGGAAAUCAAACCUUACUUAAAAUAUUGUCAAUACACCAGAGGCCACGGGUAUGUUUUUUAGUUACUAGUAUUUUAAGAAAAAUUCAUUUUUAUGAAUUGCUGCAAAAGAUGAAUACAGAUGUAAAAGCUUUGGAUUCAAAUCAAGAAUUGUUAUUACAAGAAUGUUUAGCAGAAAUUACUACUACAUACAAUAAAGCACCAAUUUUAAUGGGUUGUCCUAAAAGGUUUUUACAAGCUCACGCACAAUUUGAGCUUACUCCAGCAUUAACUCAUUUUGAUGUUUAUCCAACUAUUUAUAGAUUAUUUGAUGAUUUAUCACUCAUUAACUGUUUAAUAAAAGUAUUAGACCAACCAAAUGGCAAGGGUACUCUAGAGCAAAAUAUACUUGAACUUUUCAAAAGUUUAAUGGAUUGUGAUCAUGGACUCAGAUAUUUGUGUUGCAGGCAUAAAGAGUUAAAUGAAUUGAUAAAUAUUCUGGAUAAAGUUAAUACUCAGUUCAAAUUAGCACUAAUUUACAAAGUAAAAGUUUUAACUCUUAUAGAUUAUUUAAGCUAUUUUUGGGAAUGCAAUUUAAUGCAAAAUUUCAGAUUAGAUCAAAUGGAUUCUGUUGAUUUUCUCCAUGAUAUGUUUUUACUAACUCAAUCCACAGUUGGCAAAUGUGCUGUUGUCAAUGUUUUAACUAUGGGAGACAACUUAGAUGUAAUCUUAAACUUCUUUAAAUAUUUAGAACAAUGUAAAUCAAAAAGUGAUGAUUUACACAUUAUAUAUUCGUUGGAUUUAAUGAAGAUUGUAUUAGAAAAUGCAGAAGAUGUUAGCUACUUAAAAAAAUAUGGUACAUUGAUAUAUGAGCUAGCAUGCAAACACAAUUUUUUAAAUGAUUUAAUUGAUUGGACAUUUCCAUCAAUGAGACAUUCUGCUUUUUUCCAUGACGAUGUCAGUGAACUUUGUAACAUUGUUAAAAACAACAAAGAUAACUGCUUAAAUUUUAAUAAAACAUUAAUAACUAGUUUAAGAAUUUUAAGAUAUUUGGGAUUAUCUAAUGACGAAACAGUAUUUGAAAGGGUAGAAGACUUUGUUGAACUUAAAUAUAAAUAUAUUACUUUACAAAUGUAUUCAUAUGAUAUGCUAGGAACCUUGUUAACUAUUGUAGACAAAAUAUGUGGUGACUAUAAGCAGCCAUCGGUAAAUGUUUGGAAAUUAACUGGUAAUAAAGCUAAAAAUUUAAUAUCCAUUAUUCGACCAUCAAUGAUGUUGAUUAGAUAUAUGAUUGCAUUAUUAAUACAGACCCGGAGAGAUGCUUUCAAAGAUCUAUCACCUAUCAAAGUAUUAUUGAAGCUUUAUAAUUUAAUGCAUAAUGUUCCUGAAUGUUCUAUAAUUCAUGAAGAUGCCACCAAAGUUGCCAAAGAUAUACAUAAAACACUUGAGGCUUAUGUAGAAAUCAAAAUUGGAUCAUCGAUGGCAAAUGAAGUUAUUGUUUGGACAUUAUCUUGUCCAUCUGUUUUCUUCCCUGGAUUGUUACUUUUAUGUAAGCUAUUACCUUUGCCAUUACCAAUUCAAACCAUGAAACCUUUAGAAGAAUCUGUUAUUCAAACUAUGAUAUCUUUUCGUAACAUGUGGAUAGAUCAUUUGACUAAAAUAAACAGCAAUUUGAUUGAACUUAUUACUGUUUUGAGUUCAAGUAGUUUAUUGUUACAACCUUUGAAAUCUUUAUGUAUUAAUAUUGCCGAUUUAAGCAUAUCAACAUGUUUGUUAGUUACUCGGACAAUAUUAGAUGCAUUGGUAAGUGUUGAUAACAAUGAUUGUUUCAACCAAUGUUUAAAUUUACUAACACAAUUAUGUGACAAUAAAAAAUUUGCCACUAUCAAGACAGCAGUGUUACAAAUAUUAAAUGAUGAAAAAUUACAUGAAAAUUAUAAAAAAUGUAUUUACAAAAUAUGUGAAAAUAUUAAAGUAAAUGAUCAAGGAAAUUCUCUUUUGUUUGUGCAAUGUAUAUGUGAUGCUGAUAUCGUACUAAGCAGUACUGGUAGUUAUUCUGAAGAGAAUUUACCUAGAGAUAGUGUUCCUAACAAAUGGUUCUAUACUAAUAUUUUAAAAGCACUAUUGAGCUCAUUUGAAUCUUAUACAAAGUUAUCUAAAUUGUUUAUGGUUAUUAAAACAUGCAUAGUGAUCAUAAAAAACGAUUAUGGAUUUUAUCAAUUCAAAAUGGUUUUAGAUUCAUUUCCUAAACCUUUUUAUAACAUUUUUGACAAUAUAAUGCAGAAUUGGAAUAAAGAAGAUAUUCAUUGUUCAAAUACUUUGAUAUCUACUGUGGAACUUUUAAACUUGUGUACUAAAAAUGACAUUAAUACAAAAAGAAAAUUAUUUAUGAACUCGUCAAUGUUGAGGAAGUAUUUGAAUUGGUCAAAUGAUGGUAAAGAUCAUCCUUUAUGUUUGCUGAAAGAAAUUAUGCAAAAUGAUAAUAACUUGAUUUGUUAUGAACAUUUGGUUCAUCUAUCAGAAUUUUUAAAUAAUGGCCAAGAAUCAGUAGAAGAGCUUGCUAAGCCUCAACUGGCUACAGUUGACUUGUUGACAUACACAUAUAAAAAUAGACUUUUUUAUGUUGUCAAUAAUAGUGACAAGAACUAUAUAAACCAGAGUAUUGAUUUGUAUAAUGAUGUUAUUAAUAAUUUGGGAGAGUGUAACAUCGAAGAAGUUGUCUCAGAUUUGCCUGAUUUUAAUAUUAAAGAUAAAAUCAAUGAUUUAUUUAAAAUUGAAGACUGCAUUGUCCAACCAGAUCCAAUUGUUCAUAAACGAGAGCCUGUUGUGAUAGAAAAAAAAGAAAACACUAUAAAUACAUCCGUUAACAACACAUCUACACCUAUAAUUCGUCAUAAAGUAUUUAGCAGACUUGGAACGAUACAACGAUCUGAUGCCUUCAGAAACCGUUCACCCAACACAUCUAGGCCACCAUCAUUACACGUUGAUGAUUUUGUUGCAAUGGAAACAAGAAAUGUUAGACAACCCAGAUAUAAAUUGCCUAUUCAACCCAUUCAAGAUCUGAAUAUAAGACUGCGUGAGAGACAAAUGGCAUAUGAACGUUCAUAUAAUCUUUUAAGCCCAUAUAAAUCACAUUUAAGUUUACAUAAUUGGCAUGCACAAUUUAAUGCCAUGGCUCAUUUACGUGCAGAUUAUCGUCAAACAAUGAGUAGUAGACAUUUAGAAAUUCAUAGGCAUUCAUUAGUUGCCGAAUGGAGACAACUCAGAGUAGAGGCUGAACUUAGGAAAAAUUUAGCGUACUCUAGGAGAUAAAUAAUAAAUAAUUUACAGACUGAGUUAAUUAAUAUAUUAAUAUGUUUUUAUUAUAAAAAUAUAUUUCAACCAAUAAAUGUACAAAUAAUUUGUAAAAUAUCCAAUAUACAACAAAACAAUUUAUUAUUCUUAUA